AUGGCAAGUGAUGAAGAUGUAAAAAAAGCAUAUGAUGCACAAUUUGUAAAAACGUUAGCAAGUAAUGUUAAAAGAAUAGAUAUAUCUGUUCAGGGUGCCAAACUAAUUGCAGAUCAUGUCACAUAUCUAGUUAAAGAAGUCCUAGAACAAGCCGCUAAAUUUCAAAGGCACAGUCGAAGAAAGCAAAUGGUUGGAGAGGAUUUUGAGAAUGCUCUUGCAUAUCUUGGUCACCAGCCACAAACGGGAUUUUCUAUGAAACAAAGUCUUCCAUAUUCUACUAUUCAGUCAUUUGCUGAGGGUAUUCCAAUAACUAAACAAAGUGAAGUUGAUGUUAGUAAAUUGGUGCAUCAUCCAAAAACAAUGAUUAGGCCAUUGGCAAUGGAAUUAUAUGCACAUUGGUUGGUGAUUGAUGGUGUUCAACCUCUUAUUCCAGAGAACCCUUCACCAGAAGUUUAUACCUCUGAACCAGAAAAGAAAAAAGAUAAAGUUAAAAAAGAAGAAUCAAUCUCUAAUUCUCCAUAUUUACUUGGAUCAGCAACAAGAGAAUUAUUAAAAACAGAACAAAUACAAAUAAAAACGGCAACAACCCAUGCAAUAUCUCUUGAGCAACAAGUAUUUUUCAAUGAAAUUAUGCGAAUAAUAAUUAGUAGUAAUGAAAAUCAAAGAUUAGAAGCAAUAACAACAUUAAAAGAUGACAGAGGUCUUCAACCACUAAUACCAAGAUUUGUUUGUGCAAUGGUUGAUGGUAUUUUAACAAAUGUUGUUGCACAAAAUAUGGCCUUGGUUAUUUAUCUACUAAGAGGUAUUAGAGCACUAGUUCAAAAUCCCGUUGUUGAUUUAGAAGAAUGUUUACAUCAUGUGUUACCAGCUGUCAUCUCUAGUAUUGUUGCAAAAAAAAUGGGUAAGAGUACAGAAGAUCACUGGAAAUUAAGAGAAUUUGCUGCACAAAUACUAAAAGAUAUUGUUAAUUGUUACUCACAAAAUAGAGAAUUAUUGCCACGUGUGACAAAAGCAUUAUGUAAUUUUUGGAAUAUCAAAGAUACAACAACUACAACAUUGUAUGGUACUCUUUAUACUCUUCAUAAGCUAGAAUUCCCUUGUUUUGAAAAUAUCAUUAGUUUUCGUUUACCAGCAGUGGCAAAAAUGAUUCAACCAACACAAAAUGAACUUGAUAUUAGUAAGGUUACUCAAGUUGUUCCUCCUUCAGUAAAAAUGAAUGAAAUGGUUAUGAUUGUGUGUGAUGAUUAUAUUAGAAGAAAAAAUGUUGACUUUAAAUCAUUUGAUGACUAUAAAAAAAUAUUUGGUAAUCUUGCUGGUAGUGUCCAACAAUUUAGAACAUCACGUAAACGUAUUUAA